GUCCACAACAACCUCGAAGCUUUCAACAACAUCUGAGAUUUUCCUGUACGAGCACUCUUGCUUAAUUUCCACUGCAUUAAUACCUCCUUGACGAGGAUUUGAAUAUCAGCAUUCAACAUUCAGAUUUACCAUUCGCUGUAUCUGGGCGUCGUUUCUGAUUCUCACUUGAUUUCAGUGCAAACUGCCAAGUACAACAAGAGAAGCAUCAAAUUUCCAAGGCCAUGGCUUCAGAAGCGGCAUCGCAUAUCUCUGUAGGGGCACUUAGUGCUAUUUUUGACGACACAAAGCCCCAGAUCCGCGAGCCCAUCGUCCAAUGCGUUCAGAUCAAGCCACUGCCUCCUCAGGCAAACCAACAAGAACGCUAUAGGGCUGUCUUUAGCGAUAUAUCCAACUAUGUCCAGACUAUGCUCGCAAUUCAAGCCAAUCAUUUUGUCACAGAUGGUUUACUUCGCAAGGGUUGUUUUGUUCGAUUGAAAUCCUUUCAGGCUAACUCGGUCAAAGGGAAAAAAAUUCUCAUAAUUCUCGAUCUCGAGGUCUUGCAGGAACUGGGUGAGGUCGACAAAAUCGGCGAACCAAAGCCUCUGGAAAGCAGGGUAGAAGAGGACGACAAACCACAACCUACAACAAUCUCCAGCGGCGGAUUCUACGGUAAUAAAAUUCAGAGUGCGCCACCCCCAAUCAGUAGUCGUGCCCAGCACGUCAAACCAGCCCAUACUUCAGCACAUGCUACCAUAUAUCCUAUUGAAGCAAUCUCUCCGUAUGCCCACAAGUGGACAAUCAAGGCCCGCUGCACGAGCAAGUCUAAUAUUAAGACCUGGCCCAACAGAAACGGUGGCGGAGAAGGUAAACUUUUUAGUGUGAACCUAUUGGAUGACAGUGGCGAGAUUCGUGCUACGAGUUUCAAUGACCAAUGUACGGCUCUCUAUGACGUUUUCCAAGAAGGCGGCGUCUACUAUAUUACUAGCCCAUGCCGUGUGCAAAUGGCCAAGAAACAAUUUACAAACCUCAACAACGAUUAUGAGCUUAUAUUUGAGAAGGAUACCAUUGUUGAAAAGGCAGAGGAUCAAGCCGACGUUCCGCAGGUUCGCUUCAAUUUUACCCCCAUUGGCGACCUUCAGUCUGUCGAAAAAGAUACCACAAUCGACGUGAUUGGAGUCUUGAAAGAGGUCGGGGAUACUACGCAGAUUGUAUCGAAAACGACACAUAAGCCUUAUGAUAAGCGUGAGCUUACUUUGGUCGAUAAUACCGGGUUUUCAGUUCGCUUAACUAUCUGGGGCUCUACAGCAUUAAAUUUCAGUGCUGUGCCGGAAUCAGUAGUUGCGUUUAAAGGAGCCAAAGUUUCUGAUUUUGGGGGACGGAGCUUGAGCUUGCUUAGUUCGGGCUCGGUGACCGUUGACCCUGAUAUCGAGGAAGCUCAUAGGCUCAAGGGCUGGUAUGAUGCACAAGGCAGAGAUGAAAACUUCACCUCACAUGCGUCUAUGUCUCUGGCCACGACCUCCACAGCAAAGUCUGAUCAGUUCAAGACCAUUGCCCAGGUUCAUGAUGAGCAACUUGGUAUGUCGGAAGAGGCAACUUACUUCUCCCUGAGAGGUACCGUCAUCUAUAUCAAGCAGGACAAUAUGUGUUAUCCAGCCUGUCUCUCAGAUGGCUGCAAUAAGAAGGUCACAGAACUGGAUCCCGGCCAAUGGCGAUGCGAACGCUGCGACAAGACUCACCCACGACCAGAGUAUAGGUACAUAAUGCUCAUUAGUGUCAGUGAUCAUACUGGACAGUUGUACCUGAGUUGCUUCGAUGAUGUUGGCAAACUAAUGAUGGGCACAACGGCGGACAAUUUGAUGGAAUUGCGCCAGAACGACGAAAAGGCAGCGGCCGAUGUGUUUCAGAGUGCAACUUGUCGAACCUGGGUCUUCAGAUGUCGGGCGAAACUCGAACAUUACGCCGAUCAGCAACGCAUUCGAUACCAGAUCUCAUCAGCAAAACCCGUAAACUACUCCGAGGAGGCAUCACGUCUCGCAGAUAUAAUUGAUACCUACAAUAUUUCCUAGUUGUGAUUUUAUACUUUUCAAUCUCGAUCAAUUAAAGCUUAUCUUUCCCAUCAGAUCUCUGGUACAACUUAAGGCCCUACUCGAUACAACUUGGCCAUUCUUAGGGGUGGCUAUUGUGCCUGGAGUUUGCCCUGUAUCAGAGUGUUUUGGCUGGCGGGGAUUCAGUGAAGGGGAAUGGAAAUAUUGCACAUGGUGAUAUACUUCUCAGCAAUUUCAAAGCCUUGGUGUCUUGUAU